UUCCGAUUCCCAAAUCUUGAGAUCCAUCUCCUCCCCCUUCCACCCCAUGGCGACGCCGGCGCCGACGGGAUGCUUCAAGUGCGGCCGCCCCGGCCACUGGUCCCGCGACUGCCCCUCCGCUCCGCCGUCGUCCUCCACCAACCCCAACGCCAACCCCGCCGCCGGUGCCGCCCGCUUCGCCCCCUACAAGCCGAGACAGCCCUCCAAACCCGGGGCGGCGGCUGCGGCGCCUGCUCCGGCGGAGGGGGAGGAGGCGCCGCAGGAUGCUGUUAAGAAGAAGAAGGAGAGAGCGACGCGGCCCAAGCUCACGCCGGACCUCCUCCUCUCCGACGACGGCCUGGGUUUCGUCCUCCGCUACUUCCCCAAGGCGUUCAAGCCCCGCGCCAGGCCCGGAUCCGAGGUGGAAGACCUUGGAAAUCUGAUCAAGCUUUACGCGGACUGGCACUCUCGCUUGAUCCCUUACUACUCCUUCGAACAGUUUGUGCGCAAAGCUGAGAAAGUUGGGGCCAGUAGCCGUGUUAGGAGAUGCAUUUUGGAACUGAAGGAAAGGGUUGCCAGAGGGGGGGAUCCUACACUACUGUAUCAACCGCCAGUGGAAGAAGUCAUACCAGAGGGAGAACCUGAUGGAACCACACAAGAAGACCCAAUCCUGGGGACGGAACCUCCGUUGACCGACAAUCAUGAAGAUGUGGACCCAUUGCCGAUGGAAAGUGAUGACGUGGAUCCCAUGCAAGAGGAUUUGCUGAAUGAAAUAUACGAAAAGGAAGCCGUUCAGGAACCUGAAAUAAGACCUGGUGGUGGAGGUGCUGGAGAACCCGUGGCUCCAAGAGAGGCAGAGAAGCAUCAAGAUGGAGAGGAGAAUGGCGGAAGCAAGCCAAGCAAAGUUGAGCUGACGGAGGAGCAGAAGGCACGCAUGGAGGCUAACCGGCUCAAGGCGCUGGAGAGAGCGGCAGCAGCUCGGGCUCGCGCAUCCCAGUUGCAGCCUACUACCGAUACUACCACCUAAAUCGCGUGCAGUAUUUUGAGUCACUCGGUCUUGGAUGUUAGGCUGUGUAAGCAUAGGUGGUGUGCUUCAUUUAAGGGCCAAGAUGGUGUUCAUUGAGGUUGAGGUGUAAAACCCAGAAAACAUUUUAUUUUCGCCGGUGUGGAAGUUGGUAAUCUGUUUGCCACAAGGGCUGGUGAAAGCUGCUUUGUUUCUCUGCUGCUGGUAGUGGUGGUGGUGGCGGUGGAGAAGCUACAGCAUUGAGCUGUUUUCUGCCAAUUUCCAUGUAGGUAUCCUGGUGCAUCUGCCAUGGUUGGCUCCUGAUUGCAACCUUGAGAGUUGAGACAUGCAACUGGAAUUUUUAUGUGUAUGCUAGACCUGAAGCUCUGAAUAUUAAUGCAUGCUGAACAAACUA